AUGUGCAACGUCAUCGUGUUCCAAUUCACUUGCCAACACACGCUUAGACUACGGAGGUCACGCUGCAAAGGCACAAAGCACAAGGUCACGAAAACCAGCAUCAAGGCCGCAUGUAAUGCUGCGUCAUUCCUUACAAUCUCACUAAGAUUAGACUGUGGUCCCUGUCAGCAUGAAAGUUGGGAGAGCACAUGGAGACUGAAGUUAGAAAGGGCUAAGACGUUCUUGGACAGGCUGUCUGAUCAGAACAUGCCAGGGACUGAAGAGAUUGCAACACUAGUCAAGGACCUCGAGAAUCAGUACAUUGCGGCCGCUUGGGAUGCACGUACUAUGUUCGCCCAAGCACCGAAGCCCAGCGUUACUCGGGUCGGCAUCAGCGAAUACAAGAAAGCGCGGUCUCCGCUACUACACGAAGUGCGCCCAGAGGAUGUUGUUGAGCCCGACAGUGGCAAAACAUGGGCUGAGAUGGAUGAGAACGACUACGAUGGCGACUAUAUCGCUAGUACUGAUCCAAUACAUCCGGUCAGCACAGACUACUCCCACCCGCUAGACAACGACGAUGGCAGCUGGAUCUUGAACCAUCUAUCGCCGGAGGAAUUGGAGUCACCCAAAACGGAUGUUGCUGUCGACUUUGACGGGAGCACCUGGAGCUGGGGAGAUGAC